AUGGGUUUCCUAAGCAGGCUUCGGCCCAACCCCGACGUGGGCGUACCAGAGGUCGAACGCUCCGCCUCCGUCUCCGGCGAGAAGCCGACAUUCGACCAGGUCGUCGUGCCUGGUGACCAGUCGAAGCAUAUCGCAUCAGUCCCAUCCGAGGACAGUGACCACGAGGACGAGUUUGUCCACAAGGAUAUGCAGCGCGGUAUCCAGAAGAUGGAAGCACUUGCUCAGAUCUGGCCCAAGUGGGCACUCUACGUGACCUACGCGCUUGUAUGGGUCAUCUACUUCAUCGAUGCGCUUGAGGGCCCCAUGGGUUGGGCUUUGACUCCAUAUGUGACCAGCGAGUUUCAGCUCCAUGGUCUCACUGCCCUUACUGGUGUGGUCGCAUCCUUGGUUGCCGGUCUUGCUCGAUUGCCCAUGGCUAAGGUCAUCGACAUCUGGGGCCGACCAGAAGGUCUUGCUUUGUCGGUCGUCUUGAUGACAAUCGGCUCGAUCAUGAUGGCCGCUACAACCAGCGUGCAAAUGUAUGCUGCUGCUGAGGUUUUCAGCCAGACUGGUGGCAAUUGCCGUAACUACAUCCUGGGUGUCCUCCUUGCCGAUACCUCUCAGCUGAAGAAUCGAGGCUUGGUCCUUGCGUACAUCGCAUCUCCAUACCUCAUCACUACCUUCACCUCUGGCUUCUUCGCACAAGCUAUGCUGGACGGUCCAGGUUGGCGAUGGGCAUUCGGAGUCUUCGCUAUCCUGCACCCAAUCAUCAAUCUCCCACUGUUCGUCCUCUUGAUGUACUAUCAGCGCAAGGCGAUUCGCAUGGGAUUGGUGCCAAUCCGCAACACUGGCCGCAGCAUUCUCGGAUCUGUGAAACACUACUUCGUCGAGUUUGACAUCAUCGGACUCUUCCUUAUCAUUGCCGGUUUUGCGAUUUUCCUGCUGCCGUUCAACAUCUACUACUACCAAGGAGAUACUCUGGCGGAGCAGUGGGGAUCGCCAUUGGUGAUCUCUAUGAUCAUCAUCGGCCUCUUCACCAUCCUUGCAUUUGCUAUCUGGGAGUGGAAGUUCGCGCCCGUUCAGGUUAUUCCGUUCCACUUGUUGAAAGAUCGCACGAUUCUGGGAGCGUGCUUCAUCGCUGCCAUCCUCUUCGUGCAGUUCUUCAUCUGGAAUGCCUUCUUCUCGUCCUUCCUGCAAGCUGUCUCAGGCCUCGAUCUCGCACGCACCGGUUACGUGCAAAACAUCUACAGCAUGGGAUCCUGCUUCUGGUCCUUCGUUGCCGGAUUGAUUGUUCGUUACACCGGCGACACCAAGUGGCAGAGUUUCUUCUUCGGCAUGCCAAUGACUCUGCUUGGCGUGGCUCUCAUGAUUGCUUUCCGUCAACCAGAUGUCAACAUUGGCUUGAUCGUCAUGUGCCAAAUCUUCAUCGCAUUCGGCGGUGGCACUCUCGUCAUUGCGCAGCAAGUCAUUGCCAUGGCCGCGACCACUCACCAGUAUAUCGCGAUCGUUCUCGCCAUGCUCGCAGUCUUCAACGCCAUUGGUGGAGGUAUUGGCGGAACUAUUGCAAGCGCAGUCUGGACUGGCACUUUCUACCAGGAUCUUGCCAACAAAUUGCCUGCUGAGACCGUGGCCAACGCUACUCUCAUCGGUGCGAGCCUCGAAACCCAGCUGCUCUACCCAAUUGGUGACCCUACCAGGACUGCUAUCCAGUCUUCGUACGGAGUUUCUCAGCGAUACAUGCUUAUCGCCGCUACUGCCAUCACUUGCUUGGGCUUUCCAGCAAUUCUGAUGUGGCGCGGAAUCGAUGCAAGGGAAAGGAAGCAAGUCAAGGGAAGAGUGUUCUAA